UAUUACCUCCAACCCAACGUGUGCGUCUCCAUAAAUUGACGAAACUACCCUCUCUAUUUCCUUGGUCACCACGCAAUAUCGCCGUCAAUUUCUUGAAACCAAAGGACAUUUUAGGUCAUUUUACCUCCUCACUUCUUACAAGUUUCCACAUCACCUCUCACUGCAACAAAUCAGAAUCUCUCAACACCCAACCAAAUCUCUCAAAACUCUUUUGAAACCCUAAAUUCUUCCUCAAGAUUUCUCUUUUUCACUUUUUUUCAUAAAUCAGACAUUUUAUUUUUUUCCUUCAAAAUUUUCAAUUUUGAGUAAUUUGAUGCUUUUGGCUUGAGGUUUUUUUUUCUCUUUUUUCCGAUCUCCGCCGUUGAGUUCCCCAUGGCGGCGGGGACAAUGGCGACCGCCGCCGGGGCUGUGGUGCUGCUCUACUACAUGCUGAGCCGGAGGCUGGCGUCGUCGUCGUCGGCGCCGAAGGUCGACGAAGACGGGGGGGAUAGGAGGAGCAGCGGCGGAGAUUUGUCGAGAUCGAGUAGAAAGAGAAUCGCUCGGAGGCCAGCUCAGGCUCCGGCGACGCUCUUCGAGUCGAUCACGACGUUGUCGGAGACGCUUCGGUUCACGUACUCGGAGACUCUAGGCAAGUGGCCGAUCGGCGAUUUGGCGUUCGGCAUUAACUAUUUCAUGCGGAGGCAGGGUAACUUACAAGUUGCAAGUGUAUAUGCUGGUAGUAAUUGUAUUCAACUUAAAGGUCCAGAAAUUGUUGCGGAGUUGAAUAAAUUUCUGAGGUUGUUGACCCUUUGUAUGUACUUCUCAAAGAAGCCUUUUCCGGUGUUUUUAGAGUCUGCCGGCUACUCUUAUGAAGAUGUCCUAUUUCAGAAGCCCAAGGCAGCGCUUUUGAAGCCUGCUUUCACAAUUAUACAAGAUAAAGACUCAAAAUGUUUCCUUCUAUUGAUUCGUGGUACUCAUAGCAUUAAAGAUACACUAACAGCAGCAACUGGAGCAGUGGUCCCUUUUCACCACUCGGUUUUACAUGAUGGUGGAAUAAGCAAUUUAGUUUUAGGAUAUGCUCAUUGUGGAAUGGUUGCUGCUGCUCGUUGGAUUGCAAAGCUUAGCACUCCUUUUCUGCUCAAAGCUCUUGAUAAACAUCCUGAUUACAAAGUUAAGAUUGUUGGGCAUUCACUUGGUGGUGGUACUGCUGCGCUGUUGACGUAUAUUCUACGAGAACAAAAAGAAUUAUCCUCGACAACUUGUGUCACAUUUGCCCCAGCUGCCUGUAUGACAUUGGACUUAGCAGAAUCAGGGAAACACUUCAUUACUACUGUCAUAAAUGGUUCUGACCUGGUGCCAACAUUUUCAACAGCUUCUAUUGAUGACCUUCGCUCUGAGGUGACAGCAUCAUCAUGGUUAAAUGAUUUGCGGGAUCAGAUUGAGCGUACAAGGGUCAUAAAUGUUGUUUAUCGCUCUGCAACUGCUCUGGGGUCUCAUCUACCAUCUAUAGCUAGUGCCAAAGCCAGGGUUGCUGGUGCAGGUGCACUUCUGCGGCCAGUAUCCAGCAGCACUCAGGUUGUGAUGAAGCGUGCAAAGAAUGUUGCUGAAGCUGUUGUCAGAACACGCUCAUCUCUGUCAUCGUGGUCUUGCAUGGGUGCACGUCGCCGUCAUGUAGGCCCCCUAUUGGAUUCUCAGGUCGAAAAUUUUCCUGAAGUAGCUCUGGAAUCUGAAAGAAAUUCUGAAUCUGUUGCAACUGAAGUGAUAACAGGAAACCCUAUUGUGAUUAAAGUGGAAUCUAAUUCUUCUAGCAGUGGAUCAGGACAUGAUGAUACUGACGAAGAAGAGCCACUCCUUCCAGAUGAUAGUGUCAUUACUGUGUCCACUGUGGAAGAAUUUACUGAAGGUGAGUUAUGGUAUGAACUCGAGAAAGAGCUCCAACGGCAAAAUAAUGAAACAAACAUUAGAGCCCAGGAGGCAGAAGCAGCUGCAGCUAAAGAAAUCAUUGAAGAGGAGAAUAUGCUAGCAGAUGCAGUGGAAAUCAAUAAGCCGAUAUCAUCAUCAGAAGUAUCAGAGAGCCACCACUUCUAUCCCCCUGGCAGAAUCAUGCAUAUUGUUUCUGUACCUUCAUCCGAUACUCCUAAUGGAGAUCAUGAUGGGCACACGGAAGAACGUGUUGGCAUUUUUGAGACACCUAGAGAACUUUAUAGUAAACUGCGGCUUUCAAAAACAAUGAUAAAUGAUCAUUAUAUGCCUAUGUAUAAGAAGAUGAUGGAAAUGUUAAUCAAGGAACUGGAAAAUGAAGAACCUUGUGAUUGUGAAAUGUGAAAUGAACAAACUAAAAGAAUAUAUAUUGUACAUAACCCCUUUUAUUAAUAUACUAUUGAUUUCUUCUGGAUGCUA